AACACAAUUUACUCAAUCCAUAAUUACACUCCAAAAAUCCAAAUGUCAGCAGCAGAAGAAGCAAGAAAAUGGCAGUCUUCUGUUUGAUGCCCAGUUGCCUUGCCAACAGCUCUUCCUUAAAAUUAUUUGCAACACCAACAAAGUAUAUAAGCAGCUUUGAUUGUUUACAGAAACUUGCCCAAAAGGAUAAUAAAUUACCAUGUGAGUUGAAGUUGUUGAAGAGCUUGGCUCCACCUUUAAUGACUGCCCUUAUAGCCCUCUCUCCCAUUGUCAAUCCCCCAGUCUCAAUUGGACAAACAAUAGAUGUACAAAAGGGAGCUGCUUUGUUUAAUCGAGCUUGCAUUGGAUGUCAUUAUGCAGGUGGAAAUAUUAUCCAGCCUGGUGCAACACUCUUCUUGAAGGAUCUACAAAGAAAUGGAGUUGACGCGGAAGACGAGAUAUAUCGCAUCACUUACUAUGGCAAAGGGAGAAUGCCAGGGUUUGGUCAGAACUGUACACCGAGGGGUCAAUGCACGUUUGGUCCUCGAUUGCAAGAGGAUGAAAUUCAACUCUUAGCUGAGUUUGUGAAGUCUCAAGCUGAUAAAGGUUGGCCUAAAAUAGAAAAUAGUGGAGAUUGAAAAUAACUAUUACUUCAUUAAGUCUAGUUCAAGAAAUAGAAGCAACUAGCACAAUAAUUCAAAAUGUGCAUAUCAUGUUUCCCCAUUCCGUUGUCUUUUCAUCUCCCGGUCCCAUUCGACGUUUUUGCUUGCAAAUCCCCACCUACUGAAGGAGAUUCAGAUGACAAUAGUCAGUCAUCUCACUAGAGUUACCUGUUGAUGGCAUGAAGGGUAGCUUCACUUUCCUGUGUAAAGUUGACUUUGUUUCUUCCCAUCGUAGUUGCUAUUAGUUUUUAGAUACCACAUGCUGGACCUGCUAGAGCACAUGCCCACAUGCAUCUGUUAUUCUGAACUGGACAUGAAAAACUAUAGUUUGACUAUAUUCUUGAUCUCCAAGCAAAAAGUGUAACAGAAACUCUACAUUUUGCACUUAAAAUGUUCAGGCCUUGUGCUGGAUUUUGAAUUUAAAAGCUCUUACUAAAUUAGAUGA